GGUGCUACUCAGGCUCCACGAUCCCACAGUGAAUCCGCUUGGGAGAUGGGCUCAGAAAUGGGAAGCAUAGAGGCUAUAUGUGUCGAUUUUAAAUGUAUUUCCGGCCAUCAGUUUUCUUUCUUCUGGUGUUUUAGAGCUGUUUUAGUUUCUUUGUGUUGAUAACCGCGCAUCGGAUCAAUAUUCAUUUCGAGUGUAUGGGAUGGAUUCUUUUCCUUAUUGUUUCCCUCCUUUCUUUGUCCUUUGCUCCGACACAAAAUCAUUUUCCUCGUUCAUUGUAGUCCAUUAUGGCUAGCUGAAAGGCUGGGCUGAGGGUAGUUUCUUUAUACAAAAAAUAUACAUGAAUUAAUUUACAAAACCUCCAGACUCCCCUCGUGAAACCAAACCUUUGUGCAUCACUCCACUGUAAUGUGGGGGCGUGUCCACCCGGCGUUUUACACACACACAUUCGUACACAAAAUCGCUCACACUGAAAUCAAACGUGAAGGUCGUACGAUGCGUGUACGUACCGCGGUACGGUAUAGUAGUACGGCAAGCAAAUACUACUGUUACAUGACGUUUUUGUGUACGUUGAGUAAACACCGAUUGAUAUUAUUUUAGAUGACAAUAUCGGGAUUCAGUGGAAAAUAUUAGAGAUUAUUAAUUUCAUGGCUAGGACUGCUAUUCAACACGAGGAAGGAGAUAAAUGUGUGUCGAAAUGUCGGUAUUCCCGUCUUUCUUCAAUAGACAGAACAAAAGAUCCAGGUAACAUAGACACCAACAAAAUGGUCCAAUCAGAACAGAGUGGAUCACGUGACUCGCUCACGACUAAUGAGCAAGAUGUAUCAGCAGACGUUCAUACCAAUAGUGAUAUCGGAUUAUCGAAUGUCACCGCUGUCGAACUGAAUGAUAGACCGCCCACCAGCAAAGUAACCGCGGUGCGCGUUGAAGAGAACGGCAAUGAUAUCGCCUUGCAGAAGAAUGGUGUCUAUAAUGAGCCAAACAAGAUCAGCGGAGUCCAAUCUACGGGCGAAACGAUAACAGAGGCAGAUGAUGAUGAUGAUGAUGAUGACAAUCCUCAGUGUGGCUGGCACAAAUGGAGACCAAAAUGUAUUCAGAUAUGUAAUAACCCGAUCGGCUACCUCUCGUUCCUGUCCAUCUUCGUGGUUGCGCAAGGUAUGACUGUCAACGGCCUUGUCUAUGUCGUCGUUACGUCACUUGAACGUCGCUACAACUUCCCAAGCGUCCGUAGCGGCUUUAUCUCCAGCAGUUUUGACUUCACAGUGAUGAUCAUCAUUAUUUUUGUGACGUAUGUUGGAGAGAGAGGUCAUAAGCCAAUGUGGUUAGGUAUUGGAGCGUUACUCUUCUCAUGUGGAUCUUUCAUGUUUGCUGUCCCACAGUUUACAACUGGACCAUAUAGAGUGAAUGAUGGGGAAAUUCAUUCGGAUGAAUGCAAUGCUUUCAAUCAAACUGAAGACAGUCCUGAUUCUACGGAUACCAGGGGAUUGAGCAACUAUUACUGGGUCUUUAUUGGUGCUCAAGUCUUACACGGUCUAGGUGCAUCACCCAUCUAUACUCUAGGAAUAACAUACAUUGAUGAAAAUGUAGUUCCUGCUUCAGCAGGCAUUUAUUUAGGUGUGUUUAAAGCGUUUGCCAUAUUAGGACCAGCCUUGGGUUAUCUAUUAGGAGGUGUAUUUCUUGGGAUGUAUAUAGACCCACUCAUCAGCAAGGAUGAACUUGACAUCACACCUAAGAGUCCAGUAUGGGUAGGUGCCUGGUGGAUGGGAUUCCUAGUUACUGGUGUAUUAGCUCUUAUAGUAGCUAUUCCAUUGUGUGGAUUUACACGUUCAUUACCAGGAGCAAAGAAGGUCAGAGAGCUUCGUCGAAAUGAGGCGCACAACGGCCAUGAAUUUGAGGUGCGAGCAGGCUUAAGCCAUAGCCUGAUUGACUUCCCUCGAGCCACCUGGAUGCUCAUUAGGAAUCCUGCAUUCAUGUGCGUUAGUAUGGUCACUGUCACAGAGACAUUUACUCUUGCCUCCAUUGCUGUCUUUGGACCAAAGUAUCUAGAAUCACAAUUCAAUAUGACAUCUGGCUCUGCAGCUAUAACAGCAGGCUUGCUUGUUACUCCGUCCAGUGUGCUGGGUGCGUUGGUUGGAGGUUACAUCGUUAAACGGUUUGAUCUUAAGUUCCGUGGGAUGAUGAAGUUUGUACUGGUUGCUCUCUGUGCAUCAUUUCUGCUCACGUUUACCUUUAUGAUCAGCUGCCCCAAUGCUCCCUUCGCUGGAGUCACUGUGGAUUAUGGGAAUGGGACGAUGAAAUACAGUGGUAAAGAAGCUAAUCUUACUGCAGGAUGUAACGCUGACUGUCACUGUGGUAAUGACUUCCAACCUGUAUGCGGAGAAGAUAAUAUCAUGUACUAUUCAGCUUGUCAUGCUGGCUGUAUGAAUACAGUAGAAGAUACAGAGGAGAGUGAAGAGAAAUACCAUGAAUGCCACUGUGUGAUGAGUAAUAACGUUACCAGCAAUCCCUUAGCACAAGGUGGCGCUAUGUCAGGGAGAUGCACGUCAGACUGCCCACUACGAGCACCAUUCUUUGCCCUGCUCUUCCUCAUGAUUACAUUCACAUUCUUGGCCACUGUUCCAAUGAUAACAGCAACCCUAAGAGUUGUGUCAAGAUCUCAGCGGACCUAUGCCCUUGGUUUGCAGUCAUUGAUGUUCAGACUACUUGGUAGCGUACCUGGCCCUGUUGUGUUUGGCGCCCUCAUUGACCAGUCAUGCCUGCUAUGGGAGCACCAGUCUAACGGUAGCCGCAAGUGCUGGACCUACAACAAUUCCCUCUUCAGCCGUUACACACUGACUUUGCUGGUUGUCCUUAAACUUCUCUCCAUCCUAUUCUGCAUACUUGCCGCGGUGCUGUACAAGCCAAGUAAACCUUUAGUAGAGAAGGUUGAAUCCCCGGAGCAGAGUGAGGCCAAGGUGGAGAACUCUAGAACAGAUCUCUCAAUAGCAUCCUAUGAUAAUGGUAGCAGGGUAUGAUGAUUGGUUCAAAGGCAUGCAUUCUGAGCAGUGCGUAGAGUAACUCUAGUACCUCAACACCACAGUAAGGAAGUAGUCCACCUUUCACCUCAACCACUAGCAAGAAUCAUCACAUUGUCAACAAGUACAAAUAACUGUUCAGAGGACCGAAUCUAAAUCUUAGUAAUGUGUGUAUAGGUGCCAUGUUCAAAUGGGCAUUAUGAUACUUGUAUAGAUUGGUUAAAGAAACCAUGCAAGAUGAGGUUACUAUGAAGAACAGUGUACUGUAUAUUAGUAAUUAUUAGUGGUUUUAUCAUCUUUAUUCCGUAGCCAACUCUUCCUCACUAUUAGGUUGUGAAUGGUAAUAUACUACAUGGCAUAAGAAUGUGUGCCUUUACAUCAUCAUCAAAGAGAGUAGUGUUAGGCAUUUUCACAUACACAAUGCUACUCAUUUUCUAAUCUAUAUUUUUUGACACUUGGUCAUAUUCACAUAGAUAUAGUCAUGUAUGAAAUGAGAUGUUAUUCCCCUAAUGAUAAUCAUUCAGUAUGUGGUAAUUGGAUUUUAAGAUUUUGCAUAUUCUAUAUUUCUAGUAAAAUGUAGAGAAAAUUCUUAGAUUACAAUCAAUUUAUAUGCCUGUAUACAAUCAAAGAGAGAGAGAGAGUGAGUUAGAGUAAAAUGAAAAAUUAUCAACAUUUCUUGAUAAUCAUAACCAUGCUAAAUCUGACUUUUCUCAAAUUGAAUGCAAUGUUGGGUCUUGCAGUAACCAAAUUGAUGAUUUACACUCAUGGAAUUUGAAGAGCGCCAUCAUGAGUUGAGUGCCAUCUUGCCGGCAUGUUGGGAAACCAUUUUUUUUUUGUGGUUGGGUAUCAACUGAAGUUCAUUUUGUACAGGCUAAACCUCAGCAUUGGAAAUGAAUUAAAAUGCACUCUUUGUUAAUUGGUAUUCAUGCAAUUUAACUCACCUUUAUUAGCACUAGAAAAGUGAAUUGGAAAUAUGACACAUGAACUCCAUUUCCUUCAUUGAUAACAGAAUGACUAAAAGGCUCUGGACAGACUUCAGUAGUCUCCUGCUCAUAUCACAUAUCAUCCUGCCCUAGCAUUUGUGUCAUGUGGACAUGAGAUGUGUACAUUGAUGAACUGACCCUGCCAUGGUUUUGAAAUUUGACCCGUCCAACUAUAUGAUGAUAUCACUCAGUAUUGAUAUGUAGCGAUUAAAUCUAGUCUAUUGUAAAAAGUGCAAAUUGUUUGUCACUUCCCUCCCUCCCCCUAUGACAAAGUGACUUGGGAGGUCAAAGUUCAGUUAUAGAAAAGGGUAAACAUUGAGAGGAUUGAUUUGUGUGUGAGUAUCAAAGCCAGCUAUAUUAAUGUUCAUAUGUAAUUCUAUACAUUCUAGU